AGUGAAGUAAGUCACAGGUCGAUAUAAUCUGGUCGGAGUCUGGGUAAGAACCGUUCUUGCCAUAAUUUCCAGUCGGUCUUCGGACCUCGGGCCGUCAAGACGUGGUUUUAGUAUAUUUUGUGUUUUUUUUAAAUGGGGAACUGGUAAAAUACAAGCAUGGGCGCGGCAUCAGACGGCUUCAGCGCCGACUGGCUGCGCGCGCAGGUGGCCGCGUGCCGCGAGUCGCGCAAGCUCGUGCUCGUCAUCGUGGCCAUAGCCUUACUGCUGGACAACAUGCUUCUUACAACAGUUGUCCCGAUCAUCCCGGAGUUCCUCUACGACAUCAGACAUCCCGAGGCGCCGCUGUCCAUGUCUCUGGACACGACCGCAGCCCCCACACCGUACUGCCCCUGCCUUAACACCAGCCUCGCCGUCAGCAAUGCCACGCAAGUCAACAUCACCGCCCAGAAAGAAGCCCGCCAUCAAGAGCUCGUCCAUGAAACAGUCGAGGUCGGGGUCAUGUUUGCAAGCAAGGCCAUCGUACAGCUGCUUACCAACCCCUUCGUAGGACCUCUGACGCACAAAAUCGGCUACAGCAUCCCGAUGUUCACCGGAUUCAUACUCAUGUUCCUGUCUACACUGAUAUUCGCCUUCGGUCGCUCAUAUAGCGUCCUCUUCAUCGCACGAGCGCUGCAAGGCAUCGGUUCAUCCUGCUCCUCCGUGUCUGGCAUGGGCAUGCUGGCAGAACGCUACCCUGAUGACAAGGAACGCGGCAACGCUAUGGGCAUAGCUCUCGGAGGCCUGGCUCUGGGCGUACUGAUUGGACCCCCGUUCGGAGGCCUCAUGUACGAGUUCGUGGGAAAGACUGCACCCUUCCUAAUGCUUUCUGCUCUGGCACUUGGAGACGGAUUACUGCAACUAAUGAUUCUGCAACCUGGCGUCGUCCGGCAGGAGAGUGACCCACCAUCUCUGAAGGAGCUGAUCAUGGAUCCCUACAUCAUCGUUGCUGCUGGAGCCAUAACCUUCGCUAACGUGGGCAUUGCCAUGCUGGAACCUAGCCUGCCAAUCUGGAUGGUGGACACCAUGCAGGCCAGCCGCUGGCAGCAGGGCGUGGCGUUCCUGCCCGCUAGUAUCUGCUAUCUCAUUGGGACGAACCUGUUCGGCCCGCUCGGACACAAGAUGGGACGGUGGCUGGCUGCCUGCUCCGGACUCAUCAUCAUCGGCGUCUGCCUUAUCCUGAUCCCAAUGGCCCGCAAGCUCGAGCACCUCAUCAUCCCCAACGCCGGCCUCGGCUUCGCCAUCGGCAUGGUGGACUCCAGUAUGAUGCCGGAACUGGGCUUUUUAGUGGACAUCAGGCACGCAGCGGUUUACGGCUCCGUGUACGCCAUCGGAGACACGGCCUUCUGUCUGGGCUAUGCUGUGGGUCCCGCGUUCUCCGGCACCCUGGUGAACAGCAUCGGCUUCGAGUGGAUGCUCGUCAUCAUCGCUGUGCUCAACUUCGCCUAUGCACCGUGCCUGCUGCUGCUACGCUCGCCUCCAGCAAGAGACGAGAAGCAGAGCCUGAUAAUAAGCGACAAGUCAUCGGUGCGCUACGUGAGCUACCAGAACGAGGAAGAAGAAUAAACAUCUAUUUUGCCACCAUCUUAACCGCCCGCCAUUUUGAAAAAGUAAAAAAAAAUCCUUGAUUUUGAACCGAGACCAAAAGGUUUCAAGUAUGUAGAUUUAAAUUUUAAAAUGACUAAAUGUGCCAAAAUGUUUUUAUUUCAAGGGGUUUGCUUAGUAGCUUUAGAGGCGUCUAAGGAGUAUUCUGACAAUGUAAAAAAGUGUGAAUGAGACCAAAUAUAUGGCCUAUUUAUUGCCCAGAGAAGUAGCUAUAUAUUUAUUCGAUAUAUCUCAACUAUUCUAUCUUCAUAGUUUCGACCAAUUUUCUGAUUCAAAUAUGAUUAUCAAUGUAAAUACCUAUUGGUAUAUAUUUCGAUAUACGAAUAUCUUUAGCCUUUUAGUCAGGGUCUCUGUUUUAGAAAACUAUAUGCCAAACAUAUCUGUGCGAAAUAUAUUGUAUGUCUACACUAAUAGUAGUAAACAAAGGGAAUAUUAAUUCGUGUCUGUAUAUUAAAUAUAUUAAACCGGGAAGCUCGCGUGUAUUAAAGCGAAAAUUGUUUCCAUGUGUCUGCGUCGGUCCGCCAACGCCUGCUAUUGAUGUUCCUCGGUAUGGAGCGAAACAUGUCAAGCAAUUAUCGACUUCAAAUAAACGAGUGACCCGUUUUAAUAUAUUUAAUAAAGUCGUGUCUGUAUUUCUGAAUCUUUAUUUAGAUCCACAGGUUACUUGGGUGUUCAUUUAUUGAAUAUAUAUAUUGCUAUUUAUGUCACAUAAAGAUAAAUGUAUGGUUUUGCAUGUGUGACUUGGACAAUAUGUUUCUUAUUAUUCUAAAUAUGUAUAAUUAUGUUAAUUAACAUUAUAUUUAAUCAUAAAUAUGACUUUGUGUGCGUUUUAUAGACAAUAAAAUUGAUUGUAACUUAGUAUAUUUUGCUGGAAAUAAAUAUAAUUAUUGCAAUAAAGGUAAGUGUAUUUUCCAUUUAUAAUAAAUAUAUCGGUACCUAAAUUAUAUUAGGUAUGCAGAUAUAAGUUUCCAGCAAAAUAUUCCAAUGACAUAAAUUGACAAUAUUUCUACAUGCGUAACGUUUUGUAGACAAUAAUUACCUUAUUUAAUUUUUGUAUUAAAAUGACAAUAAAGUGUUUAGUUUGUUACACGUGUUAAAUGAAGCACUUUUUAUAUUUUCUUUACAAAUAUUUUGAAAAAUAUUUGGGUGACGGACCAAAGACAAGUAGAUUUACUUUUGAGUGAUAUUUUUUGAGCUUACAUAAGAUAUUUGUAAAUAAAAAGGCAAUAAAAGCUUUCAUUCGAUCACUAUAAUCUUAAUAAAUUGUAUUAUCAGCAUUAUCAACCCCAUAUAUUAUUAGGUUUAUUUAAAAAAAAAAAUUAGUAUAUUUAUUUAUUACUAGUAGUAUACUGAAUUUCAGAACAGUUAUAUUUUAUUUACCAACGAUUAUAAUCAUCAAAUAUGAAUGUUUUUAAACCAAUCAAUCUUUCAUAUACGAAAAUAUAUAUUGCAUUAACAUAAUAAUUAGAGUUAGUAGUAAUAAAUACAUAUAUAGCUAUCCGUAGUGCAUUUGUACUAAGAUUUUAAUUAUAAGCUACAUAUAAUGUGAAAUUUAUAUUAUAGGUUGAUCUUCAGUCAGACAGUCACGAUAUCAAAAGUCCAUAACUAAAAUUACGUCAAAAUAAUGAAACGUGUUAAGUUCCAAAUAGUCUCAAUACAUCGAACCAAAACCAAACUAUUUACAAAUAUUACUCAGUAGAUUAGAUACUAGAGCUUUAGAAUAUUUAAAAUGUAUGUGUCUAUAGCUAUAUCACCCAUAUCUGAUAAGAAAUGGAAUGGAAUCAAUAUUUUUUCACAAUUUUUGAAAAACAAUUAAAAUGUCACUGCAAAGAUCCAAAACAUAGAAUAUGUUUUUUAUUUAUAUUAAAUAAAACUGAGUAAAUAAAUAAAAAAUACAACUAUAUAUAAUUUUAAAGCAAAAUUGCCUGUGUAUGGCUGCUCAGGCAGUUUGAAGGGAAGUGAUCGAAAUAUUGUCCAUUCCAUUCAUUUUACAUUUUGUAUUUAUUUAUUUUGAAGGUUACUGCACGAAUAUAAGUAAUAAAAAGCAGUCAAGGCGGAUUUAAUUAUCUACCAGUCAAUCACUGAUCGAGCCAAACAGAAAUGUACCUUCCCGUUCUAUUUGAUUGAUUUCAUUUAAAUAAAAUCAAAUUCAAAUUUUUCUUCCAUAAGACAAUUUUUUGAUUACCAUAAUUAUGUUCAAGGAAAUAUAAUAUACUUAGUUAAAAUAAUAUCAAAUAUAAUAUCGUCCUCAAACAUGUGUCCUCUAAAAAUUCUAGUAAUUAAUGAAUUAGCAAAAAUAAGCUGGAAAUAUAUAUCUAAAACAUAUUUAAUCACGUAAUCUUCCAGUAAUAGAUAUAAAAGUAGCUUGCAUGCGCUGUAUAUACAUAGAAUACAUAAGGUUUAUAUUAAGUCGAAUAUCAGUCAUCUUCAUUCCAUCGUCUUACAUUUUGAAAUAUUUUCAUUAUAUUUUUAGAAUUAACAUCAUAUUUAAUGAGAAGCUUCAUAUGUUACAUUUCAGACUUUUGUUAAGUGUAAUUAAAUUAAGUUUUAUUUCAUUAUAUUUAUCUUCGUCUUAUUUUACCAUUCGUAUUUGAUGAUUAUAUUUUUGUAAUCGUGUUUAAUCAACUUGCUUAAAUUAUUACAUAAACACACAGAGUUAGAAAAUAUGCAGACGCAGGGUCGCUAAGACAAAAACUGUGAUUUCAUAACAAGCCAAUUUCCUGGUGUUUAUUCGUGACACUCACACAUUUAUAACUCCGAGCGGUAAAUGGCUUAAACACGAUCAGUGAAUGUGUGUGCGUGCGAAAUCGUCUGGCCAUGAAGUCACCAUUUCGUCUUAGCGACCUUUCGCCGUACUACGAGUUGACACUUGACGUUUACGUUAGUAAAUGCGUAAACUCGGUCGCAGUCCAACUCGCUCGCAAUGAAUGUAUUGACGCGAUAGAGAGGGAAUGCGAUAGAGUUCACGCAAUCGUUAACGUAAAUGUCAAAUGCCAACUCGUGGUAGCCAUGCUGAACUCGGUAUCUAUCAACACUGUGCAUAAACACCUUAUUAAGCAAUAGCUGGGUUUGGGUCCUCUACUAAUUAAUUACUUAUUAUAUAAAUGAUAAGUAUACCUUAGAUUAUUAUUAUUAUAAUUUAAGUAAAUGUAUAAUUGAGUUAUUUUAAUAUUUAUUCAUUACUUUAGAUUUCUUAAAUGUAUUGUACAGAUCAUAAAAUAUAUAACAUAUAUACACUAUCACUAUUAUAAUAUAUAUUUGGUAUAAAUAUUAUAGUUAUAAAUUUAGUAUAAAUAACUAAUAUUAGUACAAGAGCCAUGAGCUGAAAAGUGUAUGUUAGUAAUAAAUAAACGGAAACCUCUGUAAAAUAUUGCUAUUCUAUAUGAUAUAUUAAAUAUUUUACGAUUAUAACAUAUUAAGUAUAUAUUUUAAUAGGUAGUGAAAUUUUUCGCAUCAUAAUCUUGUUAGAAUAUAAAAAUAUAUGUGAUAGUUUUAGUGAUAUUUUGAAGCUUUUUAAAUUUAAAUAAUAUAACUAUGUAGUUAAAGUAAGUUUUGGCUUUUAUAGUUAUUAUUUCUCGUCCAUUUAUAGAUUAUUUACUAUAAAAUAUAUGCGUUGGUUAAUAAUUUACAAAAUAUACAUUGUGAUAAUCUGUUUAUAUUUUUGAGUGUUAAAUUGUGUUUGUAUUGUAUUUUUUUAUUAAUAUAUUAUGGUUAUGGCGAAUAUCUAGUCCUGUCCAGUUGGUCUCUGAUCUUGAGUCGCUUAGGAAACAAUAUAUAACAUGAAUGUACAAGUUUUGUAGUGGUUAUAAAUGUCUUGAAUUGUGUUGGGGUGUUAUUUUAAUAAAAUGUGGGUAUAUGAACUA